UCGGAGUCUGAACGACUGAGCCCUCAGCAGGCCCCCUCACCGGCUUCACUUGACACUAGUAGCCCACCGCCGGUUAAUGAAUCAGGGAGUCCGGGAGACAGGUUUGUCCCACCUAGCCCCCCUGCCUCCCCUCCUCCACCUCCAGAGUCCCCUACCAAGUUGCUUGACCACCCUGCCGCCACCAACAUCGCACCUGAACCACCGGUCUCCAUGGAAACAAACAACACCAAGGGAGGAGGUUUAAUUUGCUCCUCUCCGAAAGCCCCCUCCUCCUCUCCGCCUCCCCUUCUCCCAGCCCCAGUGUCUACAUCCACUACCCCUGCCAUCCUCCCCCCAUCCUCCUCCUCUUCUUCCUCCUUUUCCUCUAUUGCCCCCCUCCCUCCCCACAUCCCUGUUAUUAGUCUGGGACACAGUAAACCCCCCCACCCUCUCUCCCUCCCCAGUAACACCCCUCUAACCACCCUGCACCCCAUCCCCAACCACCCCCAUCACCAUGACCCUUACCAUCACACCCACCACCACGGGGGCAUCCGCCUCACCCAGCUCACCUCCCUGUCAGGGAUCAGACCAGGGGCCCCACCGAUCCCCUCCCAGGGCCCCCUGCUGACCCACCAGUACCUGCCACCACACCACUUCUUCAGCAGUUCUCAUCUUGGUCCCUCUGGUAACUAUGGAAUCUUUUCCAGUAGAAGCAUCAAGAGACGGUCCUCCUCACACUAUGAGUUGGAUCUCAGUGAUGCGGGCCCUCCUCAGAAGCUGGCGAGGCGUGUGUUCACCAACAGCCGGGAGCGGUGGCGCCAGCAGAACGUCAACGGGGCCUUCUCAGACCUCCGUAGGCUCAUCCCCACCCACCCUCCGGACAAGAAGCUCUCCAAGAAUGAGAUCCUCCGACUGGCCAUGAAGUACAUCGACUUCCUUGUCACCCUGCUCAACGACCAGUCCCAAGACAAAGCCAGGGGCUCGCCUGAGGAGGAGACCCAGGAUGAGAGGGCCCAAGUGGGGCUGAACAACAAGGAUAUGCACCCACUUUUCCAGGGUGACACUCCCUCAUCAACUAUGGUCUACCACGACAGAGGAGACUCCACAGACUCAUCGAUCAUCGCCAUGGCAACCUCCCCGACCUCCAGUUGCUAUAGCAACACAGACAGUGAGGAGAACCUGGGGGGCGGGGCUAAGAGCUCAAUGGUGGUGCCGCGGGGCAUUCCGGGAAAGGUCAAAGGACAGAUUCGGACUGCGGUGACACUUGCCAACGACCAGCGGUGACAUGACAUGUGACGUCACAAAGAGGACAAAAUUGAAUACCUGGUGGCAAGUAAUAUCCGACAAACUGACAGAAAAGACAAAAAUGUACAGUAUACUUACUACUCUACCAGCAAUCUAUGAGACUUUUGGAAUCAAUGUAGUUCUUUCAAUAACAUGGUAUAUCUGCAAGGUCAGUUCUGAGUUCUUGUAGCAGUUUGUGGUAGUGUUUGACUGCCCCUCUGUCUGGAUUUUGUGUCCUGCAGUGUGGGACUGAGGCUUUCUGGGUAACGUAAGCUGUUUCAUCAGAACUGAGGCUUCUAUAGGGCUACCUGGGAAAUGUAGGAUUGACUGUUUGUACAUCCAGUCAGCACAGUGUCAGUUGCCCUAAAACCUCUGAAGGAGCCAUGUUGACCUCAUGGCUUUUUGCUUCCUGAAGUUUGAGACAUCAAAAAACAUCAAUGACGGUAACCUUCAGCCAGUAGUUUAUGUGGCAAUUUUUGAAGUUUCCUAUUUUCUUUCUUUAGUCAGAUGAAGAAGAUGGUCCCACCCUCCCUCCCUUAGAGGACAACAUUGUGACACAGUUGUCCCAAAUGGCACCCUAUUUCCUGUUUAGUGCACUACUGGUCAAAAGUAGUGCACUAUGUAGGGAAUAGGGUGCCAUACGGGACAUUGACCGUGCUAGCUGACCGAAAUAAAGAGUGUUUUAGUUCUCUCUUCCUUAUUCAACAUCCUCUUAUUGCACUCCAGAAUACAUGCAGCCCUGUUAUCAGCACAAUUUCUCAACCCAUACAAUUGUUUCGCUGCUGUGUCCAGUUUGAGAAACAGACAGUCUAGUCGCUGGCAAAGUUGUUGUGUGAAGGGGUGAAGAUGUGUUUUUGUGUUCAGAAAAUCAACCGUGCUUAUUUUAUGGCUGUAAGUUGGUUUGUGAUCCUAUAAAAAGUGUGUUGUGAGAAAGUGCACAUAAGAACA